CGCAGAAGGGCCGCGCGGGCGCGGGAGCGCGGGGCCGGGGCUGCUGCGGGCCGGGGCUGCUGCGGGCCGGGACAGGCGGCAUGGCCGGGCCGCACCUGCAGCAGCCCAGCUUCCUGCUGGCCACGCUGAAGGCGGACUGUGUCAACAAACCGUUUGCGCAGAGGUGCCACGAUCUGGAGACGGUCAUCGAGGAGCUCCCUGCCAAGGAACUACAUGGCAUCUUCCCAUGGCUGGUGGAGAGCAUUUUUGGCAGCCUGGAUGGCAUCAUCAUAGGCUGGAAUCUUCGCUGUUUGCAAGGAAAAACAAAUCCUAAUGAAUAUUCUGUGGCUUUGGAUUUCCUGGAUCCCAGUGGCCCGAUGAUGAAGCUGGUUUACAAACUCCAGGCAGAAGAGUACAGAUAUGAUUUCCCAGUCUCAUAUCUUCCAGGCCCUGUGAAGGCUUCAAUACAAGAGCAAGUUCUACCAGAAUGCUCUUUAUACCACAACAAAGUCCAGUUUCCUUCAUCUGGUGGUUUAGGUUUGAAUUUGGCUCUUAAUCCAUUUGAAUAUUACAUGUUUUACUUUGCAAUUAGUUUGAUUACACAGAAGAACUCACCUGUCACCCAUCAUGUCAGCCCUUCCAACAGUGCUUAUUUCGUCCUGGUGGACACAUACCUGAAGUGUUUCCUGCCCACAGAAGGAAGUGUCCUUCCCCCACCUUCUUCAAAUCCUGGGGGAGCCAUCCCUUCCCCAACUCCCAGGUCUCCAGCAGUGCCUUUCUCCUCCUAUGGCAUGCAUCACACCAGCCUGCUGAAACGGCACAUUGCCCACCAGCCCUCUGUGAAUGCUGACCCAGCUUCCCAGGAGAUCUGGAGAUCAGAAACACUGCUUCAGAUCUUUGUUGAAAUGUGGCUUCAUCAUUAUUCUCUGGAAAUGUAUCAGAAAAUGCAGUCCCCUCACGUCAAGCUGGAGGUUCUCCACUACCGACUCAGUAUCUCCAGUAAACACCACGGUAGUCCUGCCCAAUCCAGCUACCAGGCCCUCCACGCAUACCAAGAGUCAUUCAAGCCCACUGAAGAGCACGUGCUAGUGGUAAGACUGCUUGUGAAACAUCUGCAUGCUUUCAGCAACAGCCUGAAACCAGAGCCUCUCUCCCCUUCAGCCCACUCCCACACAGCCAGCCCACUGGAGGAGUUUAAAAGGGUUGUGAUUCCUCGGUUUGUCCAGGAGAAGCUUUAUAUCUUUCUGCAACACUGUUUUGGCCACUGGCCUCUGGAUGCCUCUUUCAGAGCAGUUCUUGAGAUGUGGUUAAGUUACUUGCAGCCUUGGAGGUAUGCACCCGAAAAGCCACCACAAAGCACAGAGCCUUUGCCUCGCAGCGUCUCAGAGAAAUGGGCUACCUUCAUUCAAGAAAACCUACUCAUGUAUACCAAGCUGUUUGUGGGAUUUCUGAACAGAGCUCUUCGAACAGACUUGGUCAGUCCAAAAAAUGCCCUCAUGGUGUUCCGAGUUGCUAAGGUCUUUGCUCAGCCCAAUCUAGCUGAAAUGAUCUUGAAAGGAGAACAGUUAUUCCUGGAGCCAGAACUUGUUAUUCCCCACCGUCAACACCGACUUUUUAUGAGCCCCACUCUUGGUGGGAGUUUUUUGUCAUCACGAUCUCCAGCUGUUACAGAUGCUUCAUUUAAGGUGAAGAGUCAUGUUUACAGCCUGGAAGGACAGGACUUCCAGUAUAAACAGAUGUUUGGCACAGAAGUCAGGAAUUUGGUGUUAAAACUGGCUCAGUUAAUUUGUCAGGCACAGCAGACAGCAAAGUCCAUAUCAGACCAUUCUGCAGAGACAAUGGCCAGCCCGUCCUUCUUCUCGUGGUUUAGAUUCACACCAUCUGACAUGAAUGGUUCCUACACAGGCAAUGACCUUGAUGAAAUUGGGCAGGACAGCAUCAAAAAAACAGAUGAAUAUUUAGAGAAGGCACUGGAAUAUUUGUGCCAGAUCUUUAAGCUGAGUGAAGCCCAGCUGACUCAGAUGAUGAUGAAGUGUGGGACAGCUCAAGAUGAGAAUGGAAAAAAACAGCUUCCAGACUGCAUUGCAAGUGAGAACGGCCUCAUUCUUACACCCCUGGGCAGGUACCAGAUCAUAAAUGGCUUACGUAGGUUUGAGGUGCAGUAUCAAGGGGAUACUGAGCUUCAGCCCAUCCGCAGCUAUGAAAAUGCCGCUCUUGUCCGCCUCCUGUUCCGCUUCUCCUCAGUGCUCAACGAAAGGUUUGCUGAUCAGAUGGAAGUGCUUUGCUCCAGGGAAGAUUUUGUUGGCAGACUUUGUCGCUACCAUCUUACCAACCCCCAGCUUGUACAGAAAAUCAGUUUCUACAAAAUCAUUUUUCCUCAAAUAAUGAGCACUGAAGACAGGCAGCAGGCCUGUGGUACGUACGUGAUGGGCUGCCCGUGAAUCGCCGUCAUCGCCGGCAUGAAUGUCCGGUACAGGGAAUGGUUGAAGACUGGUGAGCGAAUGUUGGCCAGAACAGCAUCCAAAAGUGGCUGACACAAGUACUGCUGUUUGGUAGGGGGCACUGGGGGAGGUGGUGGAGUAGGCUGAAACACAACAGAAGCCCCUUUUCUUUUAAUCAUCACCAAAGAUAGAAAUACCUACUAUUAAUUCUGGAAAAUUUUACAGCAGUAAACUUCCAAUGCAUGGAAUGCGAAUGAUUCUCAAAACUGUAUAUAGUAACAUUAAGGGAGGAAGUAAAGCAAAAAAACCCCAUAUGCAGUUUUGGUUUAGGAAGGCUGUCCUGAAAUCAGCCACAGUCCCUAGAAAAAACUAUUCAAGUCCUGGCACAAAGCACUAGAAACUGCAAGUUCAGUUGAAAGAUACAUACAGGUGACUUACAUGAAGCAAAUGCUUGCCCAUUUUUUCCUGUUUUCUUAUUUUGUCCAACCUUACUUGAAGGUUUAACAGCAUGAGUAAUAAAAACUGCAAAAAUAAUCCUGCCAAAUCUUAAAGACUUUUUGGAAUGAAUUGCUUAUCUUCGCUGGCACAAAGCAUUACAUACCACAGCCAUAUCAUUUUUCAGCUUCUCCAGAGCAAUUUCACAUUUCUGCAGCGUCUUCAGGGGGCACCUGCAGAAGAAGAGAAAUUGCAUCCACAUCACCCACAAAAUGGGCACCUCAGCUGAAGUGUUUCUGCUAUCUGAGCCCCACAGACAGCCUCAACGGCAACAGGGCUGGGUGCUAAACAACAGAGUUCUGGAACAGUUGGGAAAACUGACGGAAAACGUUACCGCUUUGAAGGGUCAGUCAGGAUAUCCAAGAGACUCUUCAUUUUACUCAGGUCCUUCUUCCUGUCUGAAAUAGUACGAGAAACACAAACACUGACUACAAGAAUAGCUUCCAUUCUUGCAGACAGAAAUAAAACAUACUGUCAAAAAAUGAAAACAUGAGGCAAUACUAAAGAAAGUUGUGAGGAUUAAAGACCUGUCAUCUAAUCCUAAGUAUAUCCAAAGCAUAAACUCUACAUGUUUCAAAAUCAUCAGAAGUAAAAGAAAAACUGAUGAGAAUUUAAAGAUAAGGAUUUUGCCCACUCUUCACACUAAAAUCUUUAGUUAGAAGCAAGAAAGCACAGCUCACUUUCUCUCACAUUUUUAAUCCCUGAAAAAGAAGUCACCAUAAAAGACAAAGUACUGCUUCUUUCAGCAGAUAAGAGAGCUUACACAGAGAAAUGCAUGGCCAAAUAUAGGAAACCUCACCUUCAUUUUUAUCUAUUUUAUUGAUCAUCCUCCGGAGUGGCUCAAUGUAUUUUGAUAGCUGCUUGAGUUUUUCCAGAUACUGCUGCUCCUCUGACUGACCAGAACUGGCUGGACUCAUGACAGAAUUUGGAUUUCCUAGCAAAAAGGAAGACUUCAUGUCACAGGGUGAAAAAAGAUACUGCAGAACAUUAUUCUCGCAUUUCAGAAUCUUGAUCUCAAAGUGUAGCUCAUGUCAAAUAUCCAAAACCACAACUGGAUGCCCUCCAUAGUUUUAAGUGCUUGCCCAAGCCUCUAGUGUUGUGUAGAAAUAACAUAUUCCAUGGGCAGAACAGCAAUUCCCACUUAAUCCGUACUUUUCUGAAAAGUUCCCAAGUUCCAUAAACCCAUUUUCUAGGUCUUUAUCUUGCCUUCACUCUGAUGCUUUAAACACUAAAUAAAUACAAUAAAUACACUGCA